UAAAAAUAGACCUCUCAAAAAUAUCAUAGAAUUAAAAGAAUAAGUUAAUUUAGUCCAUCAUCAUCUUCAUCAUCAUUUCGCCGUUAAGUUUCUCUCUCUCCCAUUAUAGAAUUCAGUGAAACAACAACAGAUUUUGAUUACUUUUCUCGGAGAUCUUUUCUUUGUUGUUGUUGUGGAGAAUUAUGGCGGAAGAACAUCGAUGCGAGACACCGGAAGGUCACCGUCUUUGCGUUAACAAUUGCGGUUUCUUCGGAAGCUCAGCGACAAUGAAUCUUUGUUCAAACUGUUACGGCGAUCUCUGUCUCAAACAACAACAACAAGCUUCCAUCAAAUCAACCGUCGAAUCAUCUCGCUCUCCGGUGAUCGCACCUGUUCUCGAAAAUUACGCGGCGGAGUUAGAGAUCCCGACGACGAAGACGGAGGAGAAAAAGCCGGUUCAAAAUCCGACGGAGCAACCUCCUCCUCCGCCGCAACGGCCGAAUCGGUGCACCGUGUGUAGGAAACGGGUCGGGUUAACCGGGUUUAUGUGCCGGUGCGGGACGACGUUUUGUGGGAGUCAUAGGUAUCCGGAGGUUCACGGUUGCACGUUCGAUUUCAAAUCGGCGGGACGCGAAGAGAUCGCGAAAGCUAAUCCGUUGGUUAUAGCGGCGAAGCUUCAGAAAAUAUGAAUCGGAGGAGCCGUUUGGUUUGCUCCGUUGACCUGAGAAGAUUUCGAUGUUCUCGGUGGAUCUCAGCCGUUCAUUAUGUUAUUGUAUUACGGACACGUGUCACGCGAUUAAGGUUGAGAUGGUUUCGUUUCGUUUCGUUUCGUCAUGAACUUUUUUAAUUAUUUUCUUUGUUUAUUUCCGAAAGAAAUUAAAGUUUUUAUAAUUGUGUGGCUUUUGCUUGUAAAAAAAAAAAGGAUUUCUCUUUGGGAAAAA